AUCAAUUAAUUAUUUAUUAAUGAGCUAAUUGAAUAACACAAAUAAAUAAAGUCACGCACACAGCGUGCUGAGAAAUCACAAAAGCGAGAAACAGAAAUUCCAUUAAAUUUGCGACCGCCAUGUCGACGGCGACGCUGACCCUCGUCCUCCUCACCUCCCUAAUCGCCGUCUCCCUCUACGCCGCCCUACGCAGGCGACGGCUUCCACACCCGCCGCUGCCGCCGGGGCCGAGGCCGUGGCCGAUCCUCGGGAACCUACCGCAAAUCGGGCCGAAGCCCCACCAGUCGAUGGCGGCGCUGGCCCGGGUGUACGGCCCUAUCCUCCACCUCCGGAUGGGGUUCGUGCACGUGGUGGUGGCGGCGUCGGCCCAGGCGGCGGAGCAGUUCCUCCGAGCCCACGACGCAAAUUUCUCGAGCCGUCCGCCGAACUCCGGGGCCAAGCACGUGGCAUACAAUUACCAGGACAUGGUGUUCGGGCCGUACGGGCCGCGGUGGAGGCUGAUGAGAAAGAUCUCCGCUCUACACCUGUUCUCGGGCCGGGCCCUAGACGAUUUCCGCCACGUCAGAGAGGAAGAGGUGGGGAUUCUGGUUCGAGAUCUGCUAAAUGCUGGGCCACAACACGCCCCCGUGCGCCUUGGCCAAAUUCUAUAUGUUUGUGCCACAAAUGCACUUGCUCGUGCGACUCUUGGGAGGCGAGUGUUUGGUGGUGUCGAUGAGAAGUCGGAGGAGUUCAAGGGUAUGGUGGUCGAGCUCAUGGUUCUAUCGGGCGUGUUGAACAUAGGCGAUUUUAUUCCUGUGCUCGAGGGUUUCGACCUGCAGGGCGUGGUAUCUAAGAUGAAGAAGCUACACAAUAAGUUCGAUACAUUUUUAAGCAAGGUGAUUGAGGAGCGCAAGGCCGAAGGCCUACAUGGAGCCGUGGAGCAACACAUGGACUUAUUGGGGGCUUUGAUCUCGAUGAAAGAUGUCGAUGACGGCGAGAAAGGAAGACUCACCGAGAUCGAGAUCAAAGCCCUACUUUUGAACAUGUUCGUCGCCGGGACGGACACAACGUCGAGCACGGUUGAGUGGGCUAUAGCCGAGCUCCUCCGGCACCCUAAAAUCCUGGCCCAGGCACAGCAAGAGCUCGACUCUGUCGUCGGCAAGGAUCGACUCGUAUCUGAGUCCGAUUUGAGUCGACUCACCUAUCUCCAAGCCGUCGUCAAGGAAAACUUUCGCCUCCACCCCUCCACCCCACUCUCCCUCCCGCGUAUUGCGCAGGAUAGUUGCGUGGUCAACGGUUACCUCAUCCCUAAGGGCUCGACCCUUUUGGUCAAUGUUUGGGCCAUAGCUCGCGACCCGGACGUUUGGCCCGACCCGCUCGAUUUUAGGCCCGAGCGGUUCCUCCCAGGUGGGGAGGGGGCUGGGGUCGACGUUCGGGGGAAUGAUUUCGAAGUGAUACCGUUUGGGUCGGGACGAAGGAUUUGUGCGGGUGUGAGUCUUGCAAUGCGCAUGGUUCAGUUGUUGAUAGCGAGUUUGGUUCACGGGUUCGAUUUCGAGCUGGCUGGCGGGCAGUCGGCCCAUACGCUGAACAUGGAGGAGGCGUAUGGGCUGACGUUGCAGCGGGCCGAGCCCUUGAUGGUGCACGCGAGGCCCAGACUCGAGACUCGUGCAUACGGUGGGGCUUGAUUCGUGAAUGUGGUUUUAAUUUAACGUUGAAUUUGUUAUUGUUGGAUGUUGAUGUUGAUUAUGUAGAUUUGUUGCAUGUUUAUGGGGAUAUGUGUUGUAAUAAGUGUUGUGUCUCAAUUUUAUUCAGAUUCCAAUUUAUUAUGUGUUGUAUUAUUGAGUGUAAUAAAUAUGGUUGGUGGCAUAUUGAUGGUGGAGUGUGUCAAAAUUAUUAAUGGCUGAGGAUGUCAUGAAUGCAAUGUGUCAGGAUCAUUAAUGAGGCAUAUGACUUCUCAAACAAUUCUCCUUCUCUACUCAAUCAAUUGGUCAUAAUAAUUAAGACGAGUG